GUGCUUUGCCUGCCACGUAGAUUUCAAAAUAAAGUCGGGAUCACAUCAUAACAUAAGAGUUUGCUUGUUAAAAAUUAAACAGAAGUAUUCCUUGCAGUUCUACUUAUAAACUUUAAAAAUAUAUAGAGGUAAAGUUGCCAUUUUCACUGACAGUAGCCUAAAUGUCAACUGCUUUAAAGACCCCGCCGGUGAGGGGAAGAGCUCCUCCACCGAGAGCAGCACCCCCGCCCCAGUUUGGAGGGAAGCCACCCGUUCCAAGACGGGCGCCCCCGCCCUCACGUGCUAUUCCGCCAACUCCUACCCGAGGGCCUAUACCUUCCUUCGUGCCCACCGGCGCACCGCACGUAAUCAAAGAAACUCCUUUUGCUAAUACAAAUUAUAUGAAUGCUGCUUCUGCAGGCAAACUUGCUGUUCAUCAGAAGCACUUGACCGCUGACGUAGCCAAAAAAGGCGAAGAAGAGUUGGACACCACGUUUCGAGUUGGCUUAGCGAAAGGAGCUGUGGAUGAUAUGGUUCUUCUUUCUGACGUGACGAAUCCCGGAAUUGUUAGAAACCUUCUUGAACGUUAUAAUGAAGAUAAAAUAUACACUUACAUUGGACCGGUAUUAAUUUCUGUGAAUCCUUUUAAACGUAUGUCCGACGUCGGCCCCGAAUUUAUUAAGAAGUAUGCAGGGAUUAGCAAACACGAUGCGCCGCCCCACGCCUAUGCCGUGGCGGACCACAUGUACCGCCGUUUGAUAGAGGAUCAGUACAGCCAGUGCGUUAUAAUUUCCGGCGAAUCGGGUGCAGGAAAAACAGAAGCCUCCAAAUUGAUAAUGAACCAUAUCGCCGCUUGCUCGGGGGGAGGUCAAGAAGUCAGUAGGAUAAAAAGCGUUAUACUGGAGUCAAACCCUCUUCUUGAAGCCUUUGGAAAUGCAAAAACAAUAAGAAAUAAUAACAGUUCUCGCUUUGGAAAACUGCUGGAGAUCCAGUUUGACAGAGCAGGCCGUCCGUGUGGAGGGAUUAUCACCAACUUUCUUUUGGAAAAAUCUCGUGUCGUUGGUCAAUUAAAGAAUGAGAGAAAUUUUCAUAUAUUUUAUCAAAUUCUCUGUGGUCUUUCCCCUGACGAUAAAACUAAUUUGGGAUUAACCACUCCAGAAGACUUUUUUGUCUUAAACAAAACGGGUUGUUAUACCGUUGAGGGAGUGGAUGAUGCUGCGGAGUGCGCUGAUACCUUGAAUGCUAUGAACGUUGUUGGGCUUACAUCUGCUGAACAGCAAUCGAUAUUUCUACUUCUAGCUGCUAUUCUUCAUUUGGGCAAUGUACAGUUUCAUGAAGUACAAAAUAACGCCUCCGCCGUUUCUAACCAGGACUAUCUAGACUACGCUGCCAUGAUUUUGGGCAUAGAUAACGCUCAACUAACCACAAAGCUUCUCUCAAGAACUGUAAAAAGCGGGGGUGGCCACAGAGGAUCGGUAUACGAGGUGCCCCUCUCAGCUAUCAAGGCUGCUGCAGCACGUGAUGCUCUUAUGAAAGGGAUAUACUCGCGAAUUUUUGAUUAUAUUGUUGAAGCUGUGAAUAAGGCCAUGACCAAUGUUUCUUCCAGACAAUCGAUAUGCAUAUUGGAUAUAUACGGCUUUGAAAUAUUUGAGAAAAACGGUUUUGAGCAGUUUUGUAUCAACUAUGUGAACGAAAAACUUCAGCAAAUCUUUAUUGAGUUAACUAUACAGAGUGAACAGGAGGACUACGAGCGUGAAGGAAUUCAAUGGACAAAAAUAAACUUUUUUAAUAAUAAAACUGUUUGUGAUCUUAUAGAGAGCCGGAAAGCACCAGUCGGGAUAUUAAGUAUUCUUGAUGAUGUUUGUAAAACGAUGCAUAAUGAAGGAGAAGGCGUGGACCUAAAAUUUCUUCAGAAGUUGAACAGUAUUAGCCACGCUCACUUCUCUCCUGGAACGAAUACUUUUCGUAUUAAGCAUUACGCUGGAGACGUUAAUUAUCAUUGCGAAGGUUUUGUUGAGAAGAAUAAAGACGUUUUGUUUAAAGACCUCGUGCGAAUCAUACAAAAUUCCAAAGUUCCCUUCCUUGCAAUGUUAUUUGAAAAUGAAGACGUCUCAGAAGAUUCAAGAAAGGCUCCCACAACGGCCGGAUUUAAAAUCUACACGCAAGCGCAAUCGCUCGUAAGUAAACUGAAAUCCUGCGAUCCUUCUUAUAUUCGUUGCAUCAAACCUAACGACAACAAACGAGCCAAUGACUUCGACGAAAAACGGGUGGAAUUCCAAGUGAAAUAUUUGGGAUUACUGGAAAAUAUAAAAGUGCGACGAGCUGGCUUCUCAUAUCGUGGCGUAUAUAAACGUUUUAUCGAUCGUUACGCAAUUUGCAACGUUCAUACGAGAAAUUGGAAGGGUGAUCCUCGGAAAGGGUCCGAACUACUUCUGCAAAAUCUUAGACUUCCGCCAGAUGAGUAUAGGUUUGGAAAGACCAAAAUUUUUUUAAGAGCCCCGGAAACUUUGUUCGGAUUGGACGAUCUUCGCGAUCGAACCAUCAAUCACUACGCUGGGAAAAUUCAGCGCUUUUAUGAGAGACAUAAUCCGGAACGACGCAGGAUAAUUGAAGAGCGCGUCUAUUGGUUCCAGCAAAUGUACAAUUUAUUUUGUAACGCGGCAAGCACGAGUGAUUUUGGGAAAUCGCUCCCAUGGCCUUCCUAUCAGUGGCACUUGGAAGAGGCUGUUAACUGGGCGUUUCAAAUAUAUCGCAAUUGGUGGGCUUUUCUAAUGGUCUCCUCACUCAACGCUGAACAGCAGCAACAAAUGCGCCAAAAAAUAGUAUCCUACGAUAUUUUUUACGGGAAAAAAAAGUGGCCAUGCAAUCGCGUUUACUACGGAAACUAUUUGGCGCUGGACCAGUUUUACUCUGAAUCUGCCGCCUAUAGACAAGCAGAACUCGAACUUUUGAGAAAUUCAGGAGAAAAGUGUGUUAUUUUUUCGGAUGUCGUGCAGAAAGUGAACAAAACAGGAAAAUCCCAGAAUCGAGCAUUUAUUGUAACUGCAGACCACUUUUAUAAGUAUACUAUCGGAAAAAAAAUGAAAAUACUAAAGAAACCAAUUUCUAUAAGUGCAGUGAAUAAAGUUUCGCUUUCUCCUUUUGAUGAUACUUUUAUUGUUAUUCAUAUGAACGCCCCUGAGCGGGACUUGUGUUUCGAUCUGAAUGUCGAUAAAAAUAAUAAAGUCGCUGAAUUUGUCACGAUGCUGUAUCAGUCGUACUUUGUUAUAAAUAAUAAACCGCUUCCUGUGGAGUUCAAAAGUUCAAUUAAGUUUUUUAACGGAAGAACUGAGAAAAAAGAAGGAAUCUAUAAUUAUAAUUAA